CAACAGAAAAGGAGAGAGAGAGAGAGAGAGAGAGUAAUUAAGAAGCAGGGUCUUUGGGGGCGGGACCCACGGUCUGAAAUCUUUGACAGGAGAGGAACGGCAGUUUCGUUACAUCUCCUCUUUCACUUUCUCUCUCUCUCUCCACCUCUGCUCUGCUCUUCGUUUUUCCUUACCAAUUUUACCCUUUUCCACCAUCGCGUCGCCUCUCUGUCUCUCUCUGGGAAAAUUUCUUGCAGGUAGAGGAGCAGGAAGAAGGAGAAACACAAUAGUGGGUGUGAACAACAAACAAACCCCCUCUCCUCCUCUCCUAACCCAUUACAAAUUUGGAGAUAUAAGGGAAAAAGUAAGAGACAUGGUAGCUCUGUGUGCUAAUUGUUCCUGGGUGUGAAUUUGCAAAGCCAUAAGUCUUACGUAUUUCACACUUCUCAUUUCUUUUACUAGUCUAUCUCAAGUUACCCAGACCGCGGACGACGACGAUGAACCCAACACUCCUCUCUAUCUCUCUGUCUUCCCGCGACUCCACUGCCACAAGUCCACUCUAAGUGAAACCAUUCUGCGGUAACUGGAAUCUGGGGUCCAGAGAAUUCUCGGGGAAGCAACUUUCGAUCAGAAUAGGGUUCUCGUCCCAUUACCGUAGCUUAAGCUCAACAGGGUUUAUAUAAACUUUCUUCCUUGUGCAGCAGAUCUGGUGGUAUUCUGGAUUUUCGUGGGAGCUUCCAUGGUUUUCUUGUUGUUAGUAGUUUAAGGAUUUCGCUGGGUGUCGAUUACUGAUUAGUAGCCUCUUCUCCCUCUUUUUUUGGGGGGGAAUUGGAAUGGAGGAAGUUGAGGAGGCCAACAGGGAAGCUAUAGAGAGCUGCAAUAGGGUUUUGAAUUUGCUAUCCCAGCCCCAAGAUCAAGUCCACUACAGGAAUUUGAUGGUGGAAACUGGGGAUGCCGUGUUUAAGUUCAAGAAAGUCGUUUCUCUUCUCAAUACUGGUUUAGGUCAUGCUAGGGUCCGGAAAGUCCAGGCAUUCCCUACUGCUGCUUUGUCCAAUAACAACAUUUUCUUGGAUAAUCCAAUUCAUCGACCUGCAGAUCAGUCGCCACUGCCUUCCAAGGGUCGCCAGUUUCUACAAACCAGUGGCUACCUAGAAACCCAUCAUCCCAUUCAAGAAAUGGGUUCAACAGCUAAGACAGCCUUGUGCUUGGGAAACCCUUCUUUGGAGUUGAGCUCAAAUGGGAAAACCCCACUCAAUGUGGCUCAACAAACAGCAUCUGCACAUUAUCACUUCCUUCAGCAGCAGCAGCAGCAGCAACAGCAGCUACAAAGGCUGCAACUCCAACAGCGGCAGCAGCAAAUGAAGCAGCAGGCUGAAAUGAUGUUUAGGAGGAGUAAUAUUGGGAUAAACCUGAAUUUCGAUAGUUCUAGCUGCACGCCUACCAUGUCUUCCACUAGAUCUUUCAUGUCUUCCUUGAGCAUAGAUGGUAGUGUAGCUAACAUGGAAGGUAGUGCAUCAUUCCAUUUGACUGGUGCACCUCGGUCUUCAGACCAGAGCUCGCAGCAGCAGCAUCACAAGAGGAAGUGUUCUGCUAGGGGUGAAGACGGAAGUGUGAAAUGUGGAAGCAGUGGCAGGUGCCAUUGUUCUAAGAAGAGGAAACAUAGGGUGAAGAGGUCCAUCAAGGUACCUGCAAUUAGCAACAAGCUUGCAGAUAUUCCCCCUGACGAUUAUUCGUGGAGAAAGUAUGGGCAGAAGCCAAUAAAGGGCUCUCCUCAUCCUAGGGGAUACUACAAGUGCAGCAGCAUGAGAGGUUGUCCAGCGAGAAAGCACGUCGAGAGAUGCCUGGAAGAACCAUCGAUGCUCAUUGUUACGUACGAAGGCGAACAUAACCACCCUAGGGUGCAAUCACAAUCCGCAAAUACAUAGGAGGGAAGGAAUCACAAGGAGCAUAACUUACUGGGAAACGGUUACAUAAUUCGGCCUUGUCCAUGCCGCGGCCUGGUGAUGGUCAGCAGGGGAGUUUUCCUUGUUUGUUUUGGGAGGGAGUGGCUGGCUGUUCGGAGAAUUGGUCUCUCCAACUAGCAUUGCGUGUUUAGAUCCGAAUUCACCGGCUGCAACCUUGGCCGUCGUGAAGCUAGGAAAUGAAAGCAGAUAGGAUCAGAUCGUGGGGUCUCGAAACUGUAAGGAAGUCAUUUUUCUUUCCAUUCCUUAUGUAAUCUCCUAUUAUCAGAGUUGUUCAAAACAGUUGGCCGGAAAGAUUGGUUGAGGGCUUCUUGUGAUAUCGCUUGCUAGUGAAAGUAUUGAUUAGUGACGUUAAGUCAUGGUUCAUGGAGAUCAAUCUCAGUCAGAAACGCAUGGGGAUUCAUUCUAUUGCACUAUAUUCUUUUCGCAGCACAGCAUAGGCCAGAGUGUAAUAUUAUUGUACCGUCAGGUUUGUUCUAAAAACCGCAUGGAUUAGAAUCACCAGUUUUUUUUUUCUUGUAAAAAAGAUGCCUUUUAACUAGUAUUUUAUUAAGGAGAUGAACAUUUUCACGACCUGCACCUUAUUGUUUAAUAUCAAAAACUCUUUUUGUCCA